UCAAAUACGAAUUAUAUCGCCAGGCUUACUCUGACCCCGAUUCGCUCUCAUUUGAUCUACUCUCAUUCUUUCAGUCUGACCACGGCCGACCUGAACGGCGAUGGAAUUGCCGAUAUUAUUGUGGGUGCACCUUACUUCACGGAACGUAAGGAAACUGUGGACCAAUCCGCAACAGCCACAAACGCACCGGUACGAGGAGUACGAAGUAACGCGGACCUGCCGGCGGAUCCGGGCCGUCCAACCAGUCCGGAGUUGGAGGAACUUGGGGAGGAGACUGAACGAGAAACGGAUUGGGGGCGUUUGUUACCCGAUAUUGGCCGGGUAUAUGUGUUCUACGGUCGACCGGGUAAUGUGACCGGUCUGGGUGUGACUGGUCGACCGGACUACACUGGCCACGAACCGGUGAUCAUGAACGGGCCUCGAUUAGCCGGUGGACGUUUUGGACAUGCGAUAACCGGACUGGGAGAUGUGGAUGGUGACGGAACUGAAGAUAUCGCCAUAAGUUGUCCGUACUGUGCUGAUCCUAGGGGUGGAAAAGAUAAAGGUGCAGUUUUUGUCUAUCUGGGCCGAAAAUCUGGACGUAUCACGGACGAACCGUCGCAAGUGGGUGGUUGUCUAACUGCUCUUUUCUUUUUUCUUACCGGGUUAGAGAUGCUCUACGCAAAGCACGCUGCUCGCGUAUGCUAA